AGGACGGGGGCUCGGAUGCGGAGGACGCGAGUUCUCGUUCCUGGUUAAUUUCCCGCCGGGUGUUUAAGAUUGGGAAGUAUAUCGGAUCGCGGUGUGGAAGUGCAGAGACUGCCGUACUGGUCGCCCUUACGAGGAUGUGUCGGGUACGACCUGAGUCCGAGAUUCUUUCUCUGAUGGUGGAGAAGAGGACUACGUUGGAGAGGAUCGCGCAUUUCAGGCAGGCCAUGGGGCUGCCCAACAAGCUGAAGGAGUUCCUGCUGCAGCAUCAGGGGAUAUUUUACGUGUCGACGAGGGGGAAUCAGGGGAAGCUGCACACUGUGUUUCUGAGGGAGGCGUAUAGGAAAGGGGAGAUGGUGGAGCCGAAUGAGAUUUAUUUGGCGAGGAGGAAGUUGGGGGAGUUGCUGUUGAUGAGCCCUAAGAAGGCUAAUGUUGAUAGGAUGCUUACUAGCAUGGGGAGGGGGAGGGGAGAUUAUGAAAGGGAUGAGGGGGGGAGUGAUAAUGACUCAGGGGUUGAGUCUCAGACCAUGGAGUGAGUAAGAAUUUUGAUCAUUGUGAGCAGAGAGGGCAUUUUUGAGCUGAAAUUUCUGAUGGUGAUGCAAAAGACUCUAAAUUUUGUUGUGAAAGUGUAAUUUUGGUAGUCGAGGAAGAGUGAGUUACGGCUAAAUUCAGAUGGGUUUUCAGCAAAGCAUUGAAAGUGGUCGCUUUGUUCGUUGAGAGAUAUCGUUGUGUGUAUGAUUUCAGCAAUUUAAGAAACGAACCGAGGAGCUAAUUUGUGAACCCAUGAGGGGGUAGUGGUUCUGAUUCAGGUGUAGAGAGCCCGUUCAUGGAGUGAGUUUAGGAUUGGUUAUUGUGGGUUCUGUUUCCAUAACGGUUUCAGAGAGAACGCAGUAAUCUUCGCAAUUGAGAACGAGUGAGUUAUCACCAAAUUCAGAUCGAGUUUUGCUUGUUAUAACAUCUCACUAGAGUAAGGUUUUUGGCGGGCAUUGAUAGCGUCGAUCAUUGGAGAGAACAAGUACAUGUGUGAUACUGUGAUGACAAUACUAAGAAAUAAGCAACAAGUUUUGGUGCAGGUAUGCAGAAUAAAUGUGGGUUGUUGUUCCUUUAGCCACAUUAUGGCAUGGAUGUGCAGGCCAUGAGAAAUUUCUGCGAUACGCAUUUGGUUUGAGGUUUGGAGAUGAUAGGAAGGGAAUUGGAAGAAGGUCAUACCCGUGCGUAGUUGAGCUCCAGUACAACCAACCAAUUUAUAUCUGUUACUUGACUGCACCACGAUUCAGUAGAGGUGUGAGCUCCUCUUGUUUAUCUCUAUAUCAUUUUUCAAUUUUUUUCGCAAUGGCUGUUUUAAACGCAUUUGUGAUUUCUUCGGUGUUAUCAGACAGCAUAUCUGGAUUUGUAGUCACUGGUAAUGCCAACCCCUGCUUUCCAUGUUUUACUAGUGUUUUAGAUUCUCAA